AUGCCUAUCUCGCCUUACAUAUUCACGAAGAUUCUUGGGCCUGUAUUUGCCUGUCUCCGUAAAAGAGGCUACCAAUCAGUAAUUUAUUUAGACGAUUUCCUCCUGUUAGGCUCGUCCAGCGAAGAAUGUCGAGCCAACGUUUAUGCUUCGGUUAACCUUCUUCAUUCUUUGGGGUUUGUGGUGAAUUUAGCUAAAUCGCAGUUAGUACCAUCAAACAGAUGCCAAUAUUUAGGCUUCAUUUUCAAUUCAAUGGAACAAUCCAUUGCGAUCCCCCCUGCACGUCGGACAAAAUUAUUAGAGCUAACAACAUCGUUAGCCCGUAAGACAAGGUCUUCUAUUCGAGAAUUUGCCAGUUUUAUUGGGUCUCUCGUCUCAGUCUGCCCUGCAGUUCAAUACGAACUGCUUUAUACAAAGAGAUUCGAAAGAGAAAAGUUCUUAGCUCUUGUCAGAAACAAGGAGGACUACUCAGCAAGAAUGGAUAUCUCUCCACACCUCCAGGAAGAUUUCAAAUGGUGGAUCAACAUCUUUUCCAAUUCCAGGCAGGCGAAUAAAAUCCGUUCUGGCAGAUUCGUGCGAGAAAUCUUCACGAAUGCGUCUUUGAGCGGCUGGGGGGCUUCUUGCCCGGAUCUUCACGACUGCAGCAUCUUACUCCGCAUUGACAAUACCACGGCGGUAGCCUACAUUAAUAAGUUUGGUUCUAUUCAAUUUCCUCAUCUCUCUGAGAUUUCUCGACAAAUUUGGCGUUGGUGCGAGAACCGUAAUAUAUUCUUGUUCGCCUCUUACAUACCAUCUUUAGAAAACCAUAUUGCAGAUGCCGAGUCUAGAACCUCGGAUCCUGAUACAGAAUGGUCUUUGUCGGCCAUCGCAUUUCGUCUGGUGGCAAGAGCCUUUGGUCCUUUUGAUAUAGACUUGUUUGCGUCUUCAAUAAAUGCCAAAUGUGAUUUGUACGCUUCUUGGUUUCCCGACCCGGGUUCAGUUACUGUAGACGCGUUUACUUUCUCGUGGGAGAAACUAAACUUCUAUUCUUUCCCACCUUUCAUUUUAAUAUCACGCGUUCUCAGAAACAUUAUUGAUGACAAAGCAACGGGAAUACUGGAACUGCCACCCAUCAUGGAGGACACUUUCCCUGGGGGUCGCGAGGUCAUCAGGGAGGUAUUCAGGGCUCGCCUAGUGCCAGAUACAGCAGUUCCAGCCUUACUAGCCUCCCUAUCGGAAUCGACCAUCAAACAAUAUUCCUACUCGCUUCGCGCCUGGUGGCAUUUUUGCCAGCGUCAUAGGACACCGCUCUACUCACCGUCGGUUGCUCAGAUCUUACAAUUUUUAGCUCAGGAACUACCCAAGAUCUCCUAUUCAUGCCUGAAUACGACGAGAUCAGCGAUCUCCUUAAUUUCACAGAACGAAAUCGGUAAUCAUCCUAUGAUUAAACGUUUCUGUAAAGGCGUUUCGGUACUCAGACCUCCCCGUCCGCGGUAUAAUUUUGUCUGGGAUCCCGCUCCUGUGAUAGCUAAACUACCUUCUAUUUAUCCAUAUGAAGGAGUUUCCUUGAAAGAUAUCACCAAGAAAUUGAUACUUCUCUUAGCCCUAGCUACUGGUCAUAGAGCACAAACGCUUAGCUUAUUAAGAAUCUCGCAGAUCUCGUUGGAUGAGAAUUAUCUGUUAUCCUUAAGUAAUAAUAUAAGACUCGCUCACAGCUCCUCGGGUUUUUAUUUAUACAUUACUCCCACUGGCAAAUCGCCAGGCUAUAAACAGCUACAUAGUUUCCAUCAGGACGAGACAUAUAGAGGCAUAAUUGUUAGAUUGAACGAACUUACCUGA